AUGAACAAUAAAGACAUGGAACAGCAGCUACAGACGCAGUCUAACCAUUCAGACCAAUCACCUGAGAAGAAGGUUCUCUACGAUACAAAACAAGUGAGCGAGUCGGAAUCGAGUUUGGAUAACAGCUCAGCAUAUGGGUUGGAGCAUUCUUAUACUGAAUGGGAUGGCUUGGUGACUGAUAACAUGUGGAUUCAAGCAAUUGCCGUCUCUUUGACCUGGAUAACCUAUGAAUUCCAACCAGAAAAUUUUGAGAUGGCAACUCUCGCACUUUAUGUCGGUUUGGUUAUUGGUGCUACUUUCUUCGGCUUUUCAGCUGACAUAUUUGGUCGUCUCCUAUCGUUCAAUGCAUCACUUUUUCUUUGUGGUGCAUUUGGUACUGCUAUCGGAUCAGCCAACAGCUUCGUUUCUUUUUCUGCCAUGGCAGCUGGUGUUGGACUAGGAUUGGGCGGUAAUCUCCCAGUCGAUGGAGCGCUUCUGCUUGAAUUCCUGCCAGCCAAACAGCAAUGGCUGCUUACUUUGCUCUCCUCUUUCUGGUCACUCGGUCUCGUAAUAAGUUCUGUCGCUGUUUGGGGUUUCGUCAGUCAACCGCAGUGGGCUUGUGAUCAGGCUAUGGCAGAUGCCGGCAAUUGUAAUUGGGACACUAAUGCUGGAUGGCGUUAUGGUCUAUUUGUUGUUGGCGGAUUCACUUUCUUGAUGUUCCUUACUCGUUCUUUCAUUUUGCCGAUCAAGGAAUCUCCAAAGUUUUACCUCAGCCAAGGAAAGGAUGAGGCUGCUGUUGCUGUUAUUGAGCAUAUUGCAAAGAAAAACAGAGUCGAAUGCCCACUCACUUUGGAGAAGAUGAAGGAUGCCAUUCGUGCUCAGGGCCUGGAAUUCGAUCAAAAGCCACAGAAAUUCUCCACUAAAGAGCUCAUAAAAAUGAACUUGGCUCAUAUGAACUUGAAUCAUAUUAAGCCUCUUUUCGCCACCAAAAAGCUUGCAAUCAACACAAUUUUACUUAUGAUGUCUUGGGCACUCAUCGGACUUGCUUACCCCUUAUACAACUCAUUCUUGCCAACUUAUUUGAACGGAAAAACCAACUCGGACACUUAUCACACAUAUCGUGAUUACACCAUCCAAGCAGUAUUGGGUAUUCCAGGUUCAUUAAUAGCUGCUGGUCUCGUUGAAGUCAAAGGUCGCUGGUUUGGUAGACGUGGUGCACUGUCUAUUUUCUCCAUCUUAACCGGUAUCUUCAUCUUCUUGUUCUCAUCAACGAAGCAACCUGACUCUAUUCUCGCAUUCCAAUGUGUUGCCUCCUUCGCACAAAAUGCUAUGUAUGGUAUUCUCUUUGCUUACACACCAGAAGCAUUCCCUGGACCACAUCGCGCUACCGGUGACGCGCUUUGCAGCAGCUUGAACAGAAUUUUCGGUUUACUCGCACCAAUCAUUCACGCAUUUGGGGCUAAAGCGGGAUCACCCACACCACUGUAUGUUUCUGGAGCACUUUUAAUAUUCUGUGGACUUUCACAAAUAUUUUUGCCAAUCGAAACCGCUGGACGCUCAGCUAUGUAG